UAUCUGCAUAACUCAUUUUCAUAAUUUUGACCAUAGGAAUUUUCAGAAAGCAAUAAGAUGUUUCUAUUGGCUUAAGGAAGUGAAUGUUUUCCAAAACAAGCCUAAUUUAAAUGCUGCACAAAGCUAAAACAAUUGUAUUGAGCUAGUUUUAUUUUGAAAAUCUGACACCCCUUUGUUAAUUUAUAUGACAAAUUACAUUACUUUUGAAAGGCUCAAUAUAGUUCAGUAUUAAAUUUUGCGCCAAUAGAUUGUUUCUGCUGAAAAUAUUAAUUAAAUAAUUUUUAAAAAUAGAAAACUGCUAAUGACUUAAACAGAUCAGCAAUAGUCCUAGUAAAAGUUUGAUCCUUUUUUCAGUUCUCAAAUAUGUUGGAAAAGAGUGACCCACAAAGUUUAUUUUCUGUAAUAAUUUUCCAUUCAUUUUAUGGGGAGAAAUGAUCUUGGUAAUCUAUAAAUAAGAAAAGUAAAUGCUACAAAGGAUUCGUGGUGAUCCCUGAAAUUCAGAGGCCAACUGAAAACCAGUGCUAAUAUAUGCACAAUUUUGUGCCACAUAUUCAGGAUGAACCAGAUUUGAUUAUGCACGCAAGACAGCAUUAAAUAAUAAGGAAUGAUCUUACCAUACACUGAACAAUCUUUAAACAUUGGGUGCUUGGGCCUCAGAAAAUGUCGGCUUGCAAUGCCUUCACUGAACACGUGUGGAAACCUGGUGAAUGUAAAAAUUGCUUCAAGCCAAAGAACUUGCAUCAGCCGCCUCCAGGCCCUGAAAAAGCUCCAGUCUCAAAUUCAAAUAUAAAAACCAAUGCAAUUCACAGCAACCAGCAUAAUAAGAAUACAGGAAAUUUUCGGCCACCUGUGGCAAAGAAACCCACCAUCGCUGUGAAACCCACCAUGGUGACAAUAGAUGGGCAGGGUAUGUGUGGUGAGAUCACCUCACAAGAUCUUUGUGAGAACAAACCAGCUCUUGUAGGUUGGAAUCAAAAUAUAACUGUUUUGAAGAAAAAGCCACUGAAUAAUAACAAUAAUAAUGAAGAAGAGGAAGAAGAAGAGGUUGAAAGUUACAACCAUAUUCACAGAUCUUUUGGAAAUGAUGAUACAGAUAAAGCUCCAAACAAUAAUAAUGGACUCACUGAUGUAUUGAAGGAAAUUGCUGGCUUAGAUCAUUCAACUUUCCUAACAAGAAAUGAAAUUAAUUCAAGAGAAGUAUUCUUGGGACGAAUAAACACUUGUUAUAAGAAGUCAUUAGAAAGAAAGAUCCCUCCAAGUUGCCUGAUGGGUGGAACAAAGUCACAGAAUAAGCAUGUUGUAUUGAGUGGAACCACUGCUGUAAUAAGCAGUGAAGGUGGCCGUUUCUGCUACCCUGAAUUCUCCAGUGGAGAUGAAAGUGAGGAUGACCUGUUUUUUGGUAGCAUCCAUGAUGAUCAUGAGAGCUGGGAUGAAAGUGACGAGGAGUUGCUAGCAAUGGAAAUUCGCAUGAGGGGACAGCCACGUUUUGCUAACUUUAGGGCAAACACACUGUCACCUGUUCGAUUUUGUGUUGACAAGAAAUGGAAUACAGUGCCUUUAAGGCAUAAGUCUCUUCAGAGAUUUUGUGCAGUAGACUAUGAUGACAGCUAUGAUGAAAUUUUGAAUGGCUAUGGAGAUGACCCUGUGAUUCUUUUUGGACCGGAAGGUGUGCAGAGCAUGAUUUCAUCUGAUUCUAUGUCCCCUGAUUCUUCUCUGACUGAAGAAUCUCAUUCUGGAACAGCCAGUAGUUCUUCCCAAAAACUUUGCAAUAGUAGAGUGUCUCCUAACAGUCCUAAAAGUAGCAGAUUAAUGGAAGGAGGUGAUAACAGAUUUUCUGAUGACCAGCAAGUUAAAGUUUCGAUUAAAAACACUCAAAACGCAAUCCAGAUUGUAGAGACCCACAAAGCCGUGCUUGCCGUUAGGCUGGAAGAAAAAGAUAGCAAGACUGCUAACCCCAGUGAUAAGCAAGAAUGGAAAAGUUCCUUAAAUAUUCCAGUCCAGACAACAACUACAAAUUUGAUCCCUGUGGAAGAGCAAGCAAAGCCUUACAGAGUAGUAAAUAUGGAACAACCAGUGUGCAAACCUUACACGAUAGUGGAUGUAUCAGCAGCCAUGACACAUGAAAGUAUAGAGAAUCGGGCAAAACACCUGGAUACCAGAUACAUUCUGUCUAACCCAAAUUCACCAGAUGCCCUUAGUACAAAUGCUAUGUCUCAUUCUGUGUCAUGUGGGCAGGUAACUCCUAAUCUUAAAAAAUCCAACACUGCCAGAUACCAGGAAGUUUGGACUUCCAGUACAAGUCCACGACAAAAAAUCCCCAAAGUGGAAUUAACUGCCAAUGUUCCAGAGCCUUCUGUUCCUGUAAGGAGAAAUAUCCAUAAAUCUGCUCCCACUUCGCCUACAUCAACACAUAUUUCUACAAAAACAAUCCCAGUCAAGUCCCCUAACCUGUCUGAAAUAAAAUUCAACAGCUAUAAUAAUGCCGGCAUGCCCCCCUUCCCGAUUAUUAUUCAUGAUGAGCCAACUUAUGCUAGAUGUUCAAAGAAUGCCAUCAAAGUUCCUAUUGUAAUAAAUCCCAAUGCGUACGACAACUUGGCCAUCUAUAAAAGCUUUUUGGGCACAAAUGGAGAUCUCUCGAUUAAAGAUAAAACCACUAGUAUCAUCAGCCAUACAUAUGAAGAAAUAGAAACAGGAAGCACCGUAUCUGAAAAUAUACACAGUAGGUCCGCAGAAUUACCCCAAGCGAAAGGUUCAUGCAAUAACACUGAGAGGAGAUUGGGCUCUGUAGCUCAGAAGGUUCAGGAAUUCAAUAGCUGCCUUGGAAAAGGUCAGACUUCACCCAAAACUUCUUGCCGUGGCUCCCCAACAAAAGUACAAAGAACUUUUCAGGAUUGUUUAGCUGGAGUAGACAAUAUACAGGAAAUAGCUAAUGACAGUCGGGAAAAUGCCUGUGCAGUACUGUCACAGAUUGUAGCAUCAAUCCAACCUCCACAAUCUCCCCCAGAAGCUCCUCAGGCUGGGCCUAAGUCUUGCAGUAUUGACGAACUCUACUCUCUGCCUCCUGAUGCAGACCCGGACAAGAGUAUCCCAGUGCGACCCAAAUCACUUUUUUCAAUGCAACCUCAUCCUAAUGGUGAAGGAAUCAAAUCCACAGAAGCUACAUCCAAGGAAAUCCCACCCAAAUCCCCAGUCAUGCAGCCUUCAAAGCCCAUGGCAAGUUCUCCGAGUCUCAAAACCGAACAGGCUCCCCCUUUCCCACCUCCCCGGUCCACCUCGUCACCUUAUCAUGCCAGCAAAGUGUUGCAAAAACAUUUUGGCAAUUGGAGCAAACCCCUGAGCUCAGCUAGAUCCACCGAGGCUGAAUCCGUUUUGCAUUCGGAAGGCAGGCGAGCCGUUGAUGCUAAGCCGAAGCGAUGGAUAUCGUUUAAGAGCUUCUUUCGCCGCAGAAAGACUGAAGAAGAGGAGGACAGAGAAAGAGAGAAAGGGAAACUUGUGGGCCUUGAUGGAACUGUCAUUCAUAUGCUUCCGCCACCACCUGUCGAACGACACAAUUGGUUCAGUGAAUCCAGAACAGAUUCCAGUGAGAAACCGUCAGUUGUUUUUAUGUUCAAAUGUGAUCAGGCAAAGUUGGAAACAAAAACCAAUCAAACCAAAACUGAAGUGGAGCCGACCUUUGAAGUUAUGACAGCAGAGAGGGAAGAGACCGAAAAUCAUCCAGAGACACCAGAAGAAAACUUAAAGAGCUCUCCCUCUUCACCUCAACUUCCAAAGGAAAUUCUCAGCUCACCAGACCCCAGUGGAAUAAAUGCUUCACCAGAGUUUCGAGGCAUGAUUAAAAGGCUCAAGAAGGCUCUGAGAGAAUUUCCUUUAAUGGGUAACUGUGUGAGUGAGUAUAGUGGUCAAGUGCCUGAUGAGAAAACAAAACCUGUGGAAAAUGUGUCCCCUCCAAUUCCAACUUCUACAUUUGAAAAACAGGAUGUUGACAGCCCUACAUUCUGCGCUCCAGAAAUAUUACAAUUGGAAGAUGAGAGAGAAGAAAUGUCUGAUUCUUCUGACAUGAGUGCCUGCAGUGCUACCUAUAGUAACUUGGGGCAAUCCAGAGUAGCUAUGAUGCCUCCAAAGCAUCCUCGGCAACUCAAGGGAGCUUUGGAGGAUGCCAUUGCAUUUGGGGGAAUAUCUGAUCCAGAAAUGUCAGCCAUCCUAAACCCCACCCCACCUCCACUGCCAAAGAAGACCAUUUUGAGAGCACACACCGAACCACUCCCCAAAGACCUCCAGAAGCAGGCUGUUGAAAGUAGCCCCUGUGUGAUGGCUAACCCCACCUACGACAUCGACACUAACUGGGAAGGAAGCAGCAUCUGCUCUUCUGUCAGCUCAGAAUUCAAGGCAGCGGACAAUGAAUCUGGGGAUUCUCUGGGCAGACCCCCAGAAAAGGCAGUUUCACCUAGCACCAACCUCGCUGCUAUCCGUAUGAAGAAGAGCGGUUCCCCUAGCACAGAGUCUGUCUCCGUUAGGCCUGUCACCCACAGUAAGCCGGGCAAAGCUGGCCCUAAGCCACAUCAGCAAGCGCUUUAUAGAGGAAUUGAAAACAGGGAAGAGGUGGUGAGCAAGAUCAGAAGCCUUCACACAGAUUCACUGAAGAAACUGUCUGGCAGGUGUGAGGAUAUUUUCAUGGCCGGACAGAAAAAUCAACUUCGAUUUGGGGUAGACAGUUGGUCGGACUUCAGAUUAACCAGUGACAGGCCGUGCUGCGAGGCAGGAGAUGCUGUAUACUACCCUGCUUCUUACGCGAAAGAUUCGCUCAACAAUUAUGCAGUCAAGAUUUGUAAAAGCAGAGCUAAAGAAUCCCAGCAGUAUUACCACAGUUUGGCCAUUCGCCAGAGCUUGGCUAUUCAUUUCAACAUACAGCAGGAUUGUGGCCACUUUCUGGCAGAUGUCCCUGUUCGCCUCCUUCCAUGGGAAGAUCCCAAUUCCCCUGAAGAAGAGGCUGAGGCUGAACAGAAGAGCGAAGAGAGCAUCUCCGCAGUGGAGGUUUCCCAGAACAGUCCAGGUCUCCAAAGCACCAUCUGUAAACAGCGCAGCAGAGUUGUUGUUAUUACCCGGGAGGUUCCCUACCUAUCGGUGGCCGAUUUUGUGCGAAAUUCUGUGGAGCACCACUCGAGAUGUCCUGAUGUGUAUGAAAGACAAGUGUGUCUACUCCUCUUACAGUUGUGUUCUGGUCUAGAGCACCUAAAACCCUACCACAUCACCCACUGUGAUCUGCGUUUGGAGAAUCUUUUGCUGGUAGGCUGUCGGGCAAGCAAAAGCUCUCUGAACCCUGACUCGGCAGAGCUCAACCCAGGUGCUGCUUGUCUCACCCGUCUCUUGGUGAGCAAUUUCUCCCAAGCCAAGCAGAAGAGUCAUAUGGUGGAUCCAGAGAUUCUGAAGGACCAGUCUCGCCUCGCCCCAGAAAUCAUCACCGCCAUGCAGUAUAAGAAAUGUGACGAGUUCCAGACUGGCAUCCUCAUUUAUGAAAUGUUGCACCUGCCCAACCCUUUUGAUGAGAAUCCAGAGCUGAAAGAGAAGGAAUACACUUGGGCUGACCUACCCCAAGUCCCUCGCCGGUCACUUUAUUCCCUGGGACUUCAGAAGCUGGCUGCUUGCCUGCUGAACCCCAACCCAUCUGAAAGGAUCCUGAUAUCUGAGGCCAAGGGUGUCCUCCAGUGUUUGCUUUGGGGCCCUCGGGAGGAUUUGUUUCAGAGUCUCAGGGCCUCUGCUAAACCUUCCCAAAGAGAAGCCGUGCUCCAAAACUGGCUGGACAUCAAACGGACCCUGUUGAUGAUUAAGUUUGCCGAAAAGUCUUUGGACAAGGAAUGUCAAGUCAGCCUUGAAGACUGGCUUUGUUGUCAGUAUCUGGCUUUUGCCACUAUAGACUCACUCAGUCGCAUCGUGAAAAUUAUGCGGCCGCAUUAGUUUCCUAGGAGUGGUUGCUUCACUUGGAUAAGCCCAGAGCCUUUCCUUGGCACAAGUUUCAUGCUGUGUUAACGUUCUUAUCUAGGUCUUGAGGUCACCAGCACUGAGCAAACAGAUUUCGACAGGAAGUUCCAUUUCCAGCCUUGCACGCAUGGGAGAGGUCUGAAAACCAUCACACCGCAGUGAGUGGGUGAGGAAGGUGAAAAUGUAGUAAGGAAGCCAUUAUUUCUGAUAUGCCUGUUUUGAAGCGAAGUUGCUAUAAUGACUGCAAACAGAAAUGAGUCAGCCCCUAUCGAGCACUAAAAACUAAAAAAACCAAAAAAAAUAAUGACCUCCCAACCCUGUGAUCUUUGUCAGCUUAUCCCUGUUUUUAAUCCAACUUACUAGACACAUUUCCUGGAUGCAUAGCUUUUACAGGAUUUGGGGGGAGAGUCACAUUCUUGAUCUAGGAGAGAGAGCAGUGAUUUAAUGGUACUUGCUGCCUCCUGAAUAAUUACCUUUAUAACAGAAAAAAAACAGGUUAUAGAAUUGAGGGGUGGCAGAAUAGGGGUAGUUUUUUUACCCACUCAGACGUAGAGCCUGCCCACACCCUUUGUAAAUGUGUUUUUCCUUUAUUUUGUCAUUUUUCAUCUGAUUUUUCAGACUUAGUCAUCAUCUCAAUAUACUGCCAAUUACUUCCUUUAACGCAGUGAGCAGAAUCAGUUAAGGUUAUUGAUGAAGUGUUAACUCAUAACGUUGCUAACUACAUGAAGCAUAAGCACCUAAGCCCAUACAUUUUUUUAAAAAAAAAACCCUGUCCUCAUAUUCUUACUCAGUUGAUGUAUAUAUUAAAUCAAGGGCUGAUUACUUUUUGAAAAGUAUUCAGUAUUGCACUGCCAUUUUCCAAAGCAAAGUGAAAGCCAGCUACGCUGACAGCUGCAAACGCUUCUUAAAACUCAGCUUGGUGUGAUAAGCAAGCUGCACAGCUAGAGAUGGGCUUUCCCCAGGCACGGUUCUGGGGAGGAAGUGAUUACAGGAGCAAAUAUACUGUGUGAAUUCUCUGAGAGCUGAUUGUUUGGGCAGACACAAUUAAAUUGUGCCCCAUUGCAGCUUCCUUUGGAAUUGACCUCACAGCUGCUAUCGGGAUUUUUAAGUGAUUACUUUUGAAAUUCCAAAAUUGUAGAGACAUCACUGACUCUUAUUGAUUCUGAAGAUGUUUUUGCACAUGAAGGUGACUUUAAUGGAAAAAUAUAACUGCCUGAAGGUGUGUUUGGCCUUUAGACCUCUCUUCUGACUUCCUUAACCCAUCACACUGACCUUUUCCUGCAGUUUAAUCCCACUCUAUCUAAUCUGUCUGCUCAGUAUGGUUAGGGUUGCUUGAAUUAGCUCUGAAAUGGUGGAGCUGCUGACCAGUAUUGAAUUCCCAAAUCUGGGGAUGUUUGUUGGAACAUGGAUAGCUCUUGUGUUGAGCCUGUGCUUAUCUUCUGGAUAUAUGUGCAAUUUUUGGAUAUAUUAUAUGAAAAACUGUUUAUGUUUACGUUACAUGACAGAUGUAACCAUAUAUUAGACCUGCCUUCCCUUUUUUUUCUUACAAGGCACAUAGAUGCACAAAGUUGUGUGUUGUUUCUAUGGAUUGGUGUUUCUUUAUUGUUAAACUGUGACUGAUGUGUUUACUUCAGCCUUUGAGACAAACAGCCACUUUGAACAGAAUAUUGCAGGUUUGGACCAGAAAUUAAAACAUAAUCUGCAGAAACUACAUCUGACUCUAGGCUCAUGGUGUUAGAAAGUGGCCCAUCACUUAAUGGAAACUGAGUCCAGCAUAGAAUAUGUAGUGGCUUCUUAAAACUUUUGAAAUCUUCCUGCUUCCAUAUCCAUAGGCAAUUGGAGAAAGUUUGACUAGAGUUCAGGACAGUGUAUAUGAAUGUUUUAUUACUUUAAAACAAAAGUGCAAAAAUAGUUUGCAUACAAAGAGCCAGACACACUGGCCCCUCGAAUGUGAGCCGUGGAGGUUGUACAAUUGACGACCAAAACAAGCAUUUGCUAUGAGUGCACUCUACAGAACUGUUCAGAGAGUCAAAAACAUGAAUUGUGGUUCUGCUUGAAAUAGUGAAAAGUAACUAUAUACCCCUUUGUGAGGGUACUUUGCUCACAGUCUGCUGCCUGCUUUUCAUGCUGGGCUUUUUCUCCAAUUAGGUGUGCUUCAAUUGAUAUCUGCAUGUAACAUAAACAUCCAUUUAGCUUACUUACUUACCACCAUGGUAGGCUAUAUUCCAUAAGGCCACUUUACAUAGUUUUGUGUGAAAGAUAAUUGCAUUGUGUCCCUCCCAUGUUGAUAUAAACUGUAAAAUAGACUAUUGAAUGUUUUAAGAUGGCUGUGCACAUUUUAUGCAGCAGCUCCCAAAUGUCAUAUGUUAUCUUUCAGAUAUUAUUAGCAUUGUGCACUCCAUUCGAGCAGAGGUAUGUGCUCACUGCCAUCUCCUUUUUAUAUAAUACUAGCUGAACCUUGAAAAUGAAGGAUAAUAAUGUGAUUGCUCUGUAUCAGUGAGUAUUUUUUUUGUGGGGGGGGGGAUGCAGAGGGAUACAUAAAGAUACAGUAUAGCUGAAGCUUCCAGGUGUGAUGGACCCUGGGAUUACUUUUGCAAAUAAUCCUAUUGAAACCCAAUUGCCAUAUAGAUAUUCUGCCAAGAGAUUAGCCAGUCCAAACUGAUAGACAAAUAAUAAACUGGAACAAAAUGUUGCAGUAUCAUUUCUGAACAAAAUGAAAUUCUUCCUUGUUGUCUAAUUAGCUGCUGUGAUCAUAAAGCAUUAACUUAAAAUAUAAACAUUACUACAUUUUAAAUACAUGUGUUAAUGGAGUGCAAGGGAUUGUAAUUUUCAAAUAGCCAUACUGACUGUAAAUAGAUAAUUUUCUUACAUAGAUAUAUUUACAAAUUGUAAAUAUAUUUUUUGGAAAGCUGCUGCUAAAUUUAUAUUAGCACAAUAUCUACAAUUUUCCUAAUGGCAAACAAAAAUUAUCUGAAAUUCACUUUAAAUUUAAAUAUUUGAAUACAUCUUUCCUGGAACAUUUAGUGUCAUUAAUCUUUUCUGGGGUGGCAGCCUGGAUCAGUAAUUAAGUGUGCUAAGAACAUUGCCUUGUCACAGAUAUAAAGCUAUUAAGAGGAGAUUUCUGUGGUGGGAAUUGCCCAGUGCCAGCUACCAAUUUAAUAAUAAAGCCUAUAUUAAAAAAGAGAAUAAAAUUACCUGUUCUGCAUGAAACUAACAAUCUCACCAAAAGAGCACUAUUUGCUUAUGUAAAUUCAAGAGUUCUAUUGACAUUAUUGAAAAAGAAAAUGAAAUUGUAACAUCUUCCAAAUCUGCAGUUUCUAUAGAAUAAAGCAAGCCACGGUUUUAAAACUGUCUAGACAAAAUAAAACUGGGGAAAUUCCUACAUUUUUCAGAUGACAACCAAUAGGGAAGACAACUGCUGCUAAUGCUGUUAAAAAUAGAUCGGCCCUUUAUCUAACCUUACACGGUGCUAUAAAACCUAAAAUGUAGAGAGCAGCAAACUUCAGAGAAGUGGCAAAAUAUUCAGAAGAUGCUGGAAGGAGAAAUCUUGGAGUCAUUAACACCUUUUCAAUAUGGGUCCCCUUCCCGGAAUGUGUUAAAUGAGGCUUACAGCCUGCCUCAAGUGAUUAAUUAUAUAGCAAUUUUUAUGUCUCCCAACCUGUUGCCCUGUUCAAGCCUUCCCCAACUUAAUACCAAAUCCCAGAAUCCGUGGCCAGCAUGAUAUUAAGUUUAGUUUGUUAGCCCGAUGAAGAAAUGGCUCUCAGGAAAGGCCAUUGAGAGCAUAAUUGUUUCUAAAUAGCUUUGUUCUUAGCUGCUGUCUAGCGUUCUGGUGCUCCCCAAAACACCUUCCUUCUAAAGGAACAGACGUAGCCCUGGAAGUAUGGAAAUAGAGAACUGAAUGUGGAAAUAGUAGCAUCUCUUCCAUUUAGAAUCCUCUUCCCCCGCCCUAUAUAAAUACUCUGUCUUUAAAUAGCACACAUUUUUGCAAGAAUGGUUUACACAUUUAAAGAACAGGUAGUCCUGGACCACAAUUGAGCCCCAAAUUUAUGUUGUUAAACAAGACAGCUAUUAAGUGAAUCGAUAGUUAAUAAAUUAGUAACCCGGUUGUUAAGUGAAUCUGGCUUCCCCAUCGACUUUACUUGUCAGAAGGUUGCAAAAGGGGAUGAUCACAUAAUUUUGGGACACAGCAACAUUCAUAAGAAAGAAUCAAAGACUACAGCAAGGGAACUUCUGAUUAAUAUUCAUUAUAUAUUCAAGAUAUUGCUAUACCAGCCUAAUAAAACAGCCAGGCCUCUGUCCAGUUGCAUCAGAGUAGUAUAAUUUAACGUUUGGUAAAAGCCCGGGGAGAGCCAAUUUGGUCGAGUGGUUAAAAGCAUCAGGUAAGAAAUUGGGAGACUGUGAGUUCUAGUCCCGUUUAGGCAUAAAGUCAACGGAGUGACCUUGGGCCAGUCAUUCUCGGUCCUAGGAAGGGGGCAGUAGCAAACAGCGCCUGGAAAACCUUGCCAAGAAAACUGACCGGACUUGUCCAGGCAAGUCCCUGAAACACAAUUGAAUGAAGGGGGAGGGAAGCGUGGGAGGGAAAUUGCCUUGUUUGUCCCAUUGUACAAAUGAAUGUCCUUAGAAGUGCGUUGUGAAUCCCCUAAUCUGUGAUUUGGCUGGUCUGAGCUACACUUAACUAUUUGUAGGAUUGCCAUCCCUAUACCCAGGAACUUCAUUGAAAACAUUUAAUUCCUAAUGACAUUCUACCCUAACAUUUCCCUUCCCGUCCAACUUUUUGUUGGAAAGCCGUUUGCUACAAUGCUUGAAGCAAGGUAGAACAGAUGGAGGUUGGGAAAAAUGCUUGUUCCAGAGUGCUUCCUUUAGCUUUGCACCGAUGCUGGCUUCCAGUUCCUUGACUGUUCCUCCAGUCCUGGAAUUAAGAAAGUUUGAUAUAUUUUUAAUAAUGGAAGGAAAUUGUCAAGUGUCUAUAUUUUUAUAAAUGAAUUCUACUGAACUAACAAGCAUAAUCCAACUGGUUUUUAUGCUAAGUAUUAUAUAUUUGAAUAUAUGUUUCUUGAAUUUUAAAAAUUCACAUAGUAGGCCUCUCUUUCCAGGUGUUUGGAAUAGGCGUCUCCAGAAUCCAUCUGAACCUUCCUUAACCUGAUGCUCAGAGGUGCUGGAGCUGCCGGCUGGGGAAUCUGCAAUUUGUAGUCCCAACCAAGCUGGAGGCCUCAGGCUGGGGAAGGUCUACUCCAGAGGAAAACCCUCUGCCAGCCUAUAGUUUAGUACAUAUUGUUACUGACGCAGGUGGGCCUUUUCCAAAAUGAUGUUUCCAAUGUACCAUUUGUUGACUUGAAUUCAGACUUAGAAAGGUUUUUAUCCUGAGGUGGUUCUCUGCGUGUGAUUUUUUUUUUUUAAAAAAAGAUUUAAUUAUGUUGAGCAGUAUGUGGAAAGAUCUGUUUUACUUUUUAUUGGGAAGACAAAGUAUUUUAAGUCAAAAAUUCCUAUUCAAAUACAGUUUUAUAUGGUAUUUCUUUUCCAGUGCCUCGAGGUACUGGGGAAGGCGGGGGGCGGGGGGGUCUGUACCCCUUCAGCAAACCAUUGUAUUUGGAGUUCACUGCAUUGCUCUGUCGGGUGCUUCAUCAUAAUUUAUAUUUAUCCAUUCUUAUAGCUAUCUUAUACUGUUCUUGUGUUCAGACGGCAGUUACACUUUGCUGUGGUACUUUGCAGUGUACUCUGUGACAUACAUGUUAUUAUGUAAAUAAACCAGUU